ACCUUUUUUACUUCUUAUCUUCUUCAUAGAAACCAUUUCUUAAAACUCCAUUGUUCUUUCUUCAAUUUUCUCUGUGCGUUAGAAUGGGAGAUCCUCACGAAAUAAUGGAAGAUCUUCCUGCAUACUCUCCCACCAAUGUUAUACCGAACCGCUUUAUCCUUGAUGAAUCUUCGGCGACUCACCAUGGUUCAUCUUCUUCAGAUAUAUGGAGUAGUGAUGAGUCUGAUGAGGAGCCGCUGGGACCUGCAUGCACUAAUGACAGAGGAAAAUCACCGCUAAUCAUUCCUGACGCCCACGAAGAUGAUCAACAGGGAACACCCCGUUACUACGUAACUCAGACCCCAGAAGGAACCAAAUUCUGGACUCCUAUUGUGGACAUGGAGUUCCUUCCUGUUCUUGGAAAAUCAUAUGAGACUUUCGAAGAAGUAGUUGCAAUGUAUAAGGUGUACGGAUAUGAAGCUGGGUUUAACGUUAAACAGGCUCAAACAAAGGUUUGUAACGGAUGCCCCGCGCACAAAUACCUCAGAUGCUCGAAGGCGGCUAAACCGCAAAAUAAAAGGACGUUUGACACUCUCUGUGAGUCUUCGGCCAUGUGCAGCAGGAACAGUACAUUUACACUCACUGAUUGUAAGGCCCGACUUCUUAUUGUAGUAACUCAAGACCCUAUACGCUUUGUUGUGCAUAGAUGGAAUGAUGUGCAUAAUCAUCCGCUUAUUGACACCUUCAACCGCGACUUAUCCAAAUUUUCAUGCAGCAUGUAUUUUAGUUUGUAAUAUAACAAUGGCAUGGUUGCCCUUACCUUAUGUUUAUUAAUCCAGGGUUUGAACAACAUAUUUGUGAAUGCAGUCCUAAACAUGUGCCAUGUUUUAUCUUUUAUUUUGUUACCUUGUUGAACUCUUGU